AUGGCAGCUCAGCAAGUGAUGGAGACGGCAGCGAUUCCAACGAGAAGUCGGCUAGUUGCCCACAGGAACUACAAGUGCAAUAACGAGGGAAACCACGAUUGUAUCGGAUGGCAACACGACUCAUCAGUCUCUUACAUUGCGACUAGUGAAAACGAAGACACAACCACCGGUCCAGAGGAGAUACACGCUUCGUUAAAGGAGCUGGACACGGUUACGAGCGUUCGUUUGGGGCCUGGAGUCAAAGCCACGCCAGCGGAGGAGGCGGUAGUCACGUUGGACGAAGGAUACAUAUCAGUAGCCCACGUGUUGACAACCAAAGAAAACGAAAUCGUGGAUGACACCGGUAGGGACUAUGUGAAGCUACCGCGCGACUACCGAGGAUUCGUUAUGUCUUUUAGCGGAUCAGCCAAGACCGAUCAAUAUGGUGGUCAUAGUAGCUGUUCUUGGAUAUUAUGGAGCCUCCCUGAAUGGAAGAUAGUGAUCGCUGCGAACACUUGUCUCCCGUCCACCACGGGGAACCUCGCUGUAUACACUGGGAUAAAUAACGGUGUCAAGGCAGCUUUAGCAUGCGGUGCCGAGGAUUUAGUCAUCGUGGGCGACUCAACACUUCCCACUCCACAGUCACUAGGGGCACGGCAAAAGGGGUCUCUGGUGAUAUUGCUGAACACUCGCAAACAGCUUACGGCAAAGCUUCGGUCGGUCAAGUACCUUCAUGUAGCAAAGGAAUACAAUGCCGCGGAUUCACUAGCCACCGAGGCUUUCGAGUCCAAGAUUAGCAGGGUCGUGCUUGCUGAAGCUCGUAAAUCCGAAUUGGCUACCCUAAAUCGCAUCCAGGAGAUGAUCUACGAGCCGCGUGAAGAUGAAGGCACGACAAAGGUUGGACCACGUAAUUUGGACCAUUGUGAACGUGGUAUGACCGGUAGCGACGAUUGUCAGCUGGAAGCUGCCGGAAAAUGCACUCAAGACGACAUUUCGGGUGAUUGUGGCGAUUGUGGUAAUAUUGCAGAAAUACCUCGAAGUCAGGCGAGCACUAGGAAAACCGACAACGCCGUUGAUGAACCAUCGCUAGACUGCCCAGGAGCUUCCCUGGGACCAGUUGAUGCUGUAGGGGCACCACCGAGGCCUCGGUUUCACAUUGGGAGAAGAGUGUGGCCUUACAUGGAACGCGGAAAACCAGAUUUGACAAGCAGACAGCACAGUCCAUGGCAUGGACCAUUUCGCAUGAUGCGACAAGCGGAGUCCAUCCUCGACGACCGUACACCGGUGUCGACGAGCACCAAGCGCAGUAGGCGAGAGUUUAAGGUCAAUUGGGUCGGCUGUGACGAGCCAACUUGGGAAUCUCCGUCCAACUUGUUAUGCUGUGGACUAUUGUAUGAUUAUUUGUGUGCCAAGAAGAGUGAACGUCGGCUGCAGAUGUUCAAGUCGCCGACGAGGAUUAGCGUGGCUUGA